UGUCAACUCAAAAGUUUGCAAUUUACAAAAAAAUGUAUUGUGGAUGAAUUCUAAACCACUUCCACCGUCGCAUUUACUCCUGUAGUCAACAAUUAUGGCAGCAAAUGUACCUGUGUCAAGAUUAUUCACAUCCGGAAGAUUUGGUUUCCUGAGUCCAUCCGUAACGAAAUCGUUGCAGAUUCGCGAAAACUCAACCGGAACUCCGCCUCCAACAAAGACCAAAUUUGGUCCGUUGAAAGAUCAAGAUAGAAUCUUCACCAAUUUGUACGGAAGACAUGACUGGAGAUUGAAAGGUGCUUUAAAACGAGGCGAUUGGUAUAAAACCAAAGAAAUUCUUCUCAAAGGACCAGAAUACAUUAUAAAUGAAGUCAAAACGUCUGGUUUGAGAGGACGUGGCGGUGCUGGGUUUCCCACCGGUAUGAAAUGGAGUUUCAUGAACAAGCCAUCAGAUGGAAGGCCCAAAUAUUUGGUUGUAAACGCCGAUGAAGGAGAACCUGGAACAUGUAAAGAUAGAGAAAUUAUGAGACACGAUCCGCAUAAAUUAGUAGAAGGAUGUUUAGUAGCUGGCCGUGCAAUGGGAGCUCGAGCAGCGUAUAUCUAUAUUCGCGGUGAAUUCUAUAACGAAGCAUCCAAUAUGCAAUUGGCUAUCUGCGAGGCCUACCAAGCUGGUCUAAUUGGUAAAAAUGCCUGCGGUUCUGGAUACGACUUCGAUGUUUUCAUGCAUCGUGGAGCCGGUGCUUAUAUUUGCGGUGAGGAAACCGCCCUAAUAGAAUCAAUCGAAGGUAAACAAGGAAAACCCAGACUCAAACCUCCUUUCCCCGCCGACGUGGGAGUUUUCGGUUGUCCAACUACCGUUUCGAAUGUAGAAACUGUCGCUGUUGCGCCGACAAUUUGUCGUCGCGGUGGUGACUGGUUUGUUGGUUUCGGACGACCUAGAAAUUCCGGUACAAAAUUAUUCAAUAUUUCUGGUCAUGUGAAUACACCCUGUACGGUAGAAGAAGAAAUGUCGAUACCUCUUAAAGAAUUAAUCGAACGUCAUGCCGGAGGAGUUAUCGGAGGUUGGGAUAACUUACUCGCUGUCAUACCUGGUGGCUCAUCUACUCCAUUAAUUCCCAAAAAAGUUUGCGAAGAAGCUAUUAUGGAUUUCGAUGGUUUGGUAGCUGUUCAAACAAGUUUAGGAACAGCUGCUGUGAUCGUAAUGAAUAAACAAACUGAUAUAAUCAAGGCGAUAGCUCGUUUAAUAAUGUUCUAUAAACACGAAUCGUGUGGCCAGUGUACACCAUGUAGAGAAGGUAUUAAUUGGAUGAAUAAAAUGAUGUAUAGAUUCGUAGAAGGCAACGGUCAAACCGGCGAAAUCGACAUGCUGUGGGAAUUAAGCAAACAAAUCGAAGGACACACCAUUUGCGCCUUAGGCGAUGGUGCUGCUUGGCCUGUUCAGGGCUUGAUUAGACAUUUCAGACCAGAAAUAGAAAGAAGAAUAAACGAAUUUCAAAAGCAAAAAAUCACAGCGUAGAUAAUCUACUAGAAAAUGUUUUAAAAAUAAAUCAUCAAAUGCUGUUACGUA